AUGAUGGAGAGCCGUGAGAGAGAAGCGGGAGGCUUAGCAAGCGUGGACGCCACGUCAUCCGCCCCUCGCGGCGAAUCUCACGGCGCGUCUCACGGCGGGUCUCGCGGCAGCGAUUCGAAGAAAUCUAGGAGCGAGUCCAGUGGCGGCAAGGGGCGGAAGGGUCAGAAGCACAAGAAGCAGCGCGAUGUUCUUAAAGACGCCCAAGAAGCACAGGAACGACUCAGGCGACUCGCUGCCUCUGGAGGGGGCUCGCUGGGGGCCACGGGAUGGGGCGACGAGGGCGUUGAUGGCGCAGGGGGGGGGCAGGGGGACAUGCAGGGGGAAACGCAGGGAUCGGCAGUAAAUGAGUUUGUUACUGUUACGAGUUUUGGUGAUAUAACGGGGGGGAGGGGGAUGCGAAGGGAGGGUGAGGGUGGAAUGGCUGGGGUGGAUGCUGGUUGGGGUUGUCAGGCGGGUGAGUCGUCUGGUGGAGUGGGGUUUGGAGUGGUGGAGAUGGGUGUGGAAGUGUAUGGAGAGCAGGAAAGUGGUCAGUUUGAGGGUUACGGUGCUAGGCAGGGGGGGGAGGCUCAGAGGCAGUUUUGGGAGAAGGCGCAGGGGCACUUUGGUGGGGAGGCGCAGGGGCAGACUUGGGGGGAGGCGCAGGAGCACUUCGGGGGGGAGGCGCAGGGACGGGCUUGGGGGGAGGCGCAGGGGUAUGGGGGGGCAGGGGAAGAGCGCAGCUGGGGCGGUCAAGGGGAAACAAACUGGGAGAGGGGGGGGAAUGGCUAUCCGGGCGGAGGGGAAGGGUCUGCAUGGGGCGGAAGUGUGGACGGGCGCAACUGGGGCGGGGGUGAGGGGGAAGGGAGUGGGCGGAGAGGGGGAUGCGGAGGGGGAUGGGAAAAGGGAUGGGGCAGAGGCAAGGGGUGGCGGAGAGGAGGGCGGGGGAGAUGGGGAAACGGUUGGGGGAGGGGACGGGGGCAAGAGGGGGAGUAUGGGGGAGGAGGAGGGGGUUAUGGGGGAGGGGAUUACGGGGGAGGAGGGUACGGGGGAGGAGAGGGGUAUGGUGGGGGAGGGGGGUAUGGGAGGGGAAGGGGGUAUGGGGGCGGAGGGAGGUAUGGGGGCGGAGGGGGGUAUGGGAGCGGAGGGAGGUAUGGGGGCGGAGGGGGGUAUGGGGGCGGAGGUGGGUAUGGGGGCGGAGGUGGGUAUGGGGGCGGAGGGGGGUAUGGGGGGGAAGAAUAUGGGGGAGGAGGAUUCACUACGGAGAGCGGGGAGCAGCAGGGGUGGCAGGGGCAAGAGGGGACAGCACAGGAGGGGGAAGUGCAGGGGCAAUACAAUAGGCUGUGGGAAGGGCAGGGACUGGGAGCAGGGAACUGGGGGGGAGCACGAGAUAUGGGAGGAAGGAGGGGAUGGGUAGAAGGGCAGCAGCAACAGUAUUGGGGGGGGCAGAGACAGGGGAAAGACUGGGGGGAGGGGCGGCAGCGGGGGAGGGAGGACCAGGGGCAAUUUGAGAGUGGGGGAGAGAAGCAGGGAUGGGGAGGUGAGGAGCGGAGGGGAGGGUGUGAUGGGGAGGCAUGGGAGGGGCAGGGGGAGAGUGGAGGGGAGUGGCAGUGGCAGAAACAGCAGAGUGAUUCCCCCACACCUUAUGCCGAGCCUGACGCCUCUGGUUCGGGCAGUGCCGAGCCUGGCCCGUCUGGUUUGGAUUGUUACGAGCCUGCUCUGGGCAGUGGUCCAGCUGGUGCCAGCUGUCGGGGCGGCGUUGGUGCAGGUUCUGCCACGGCGGUAGCAGAGGAAGCAGCCGGGAAGGUUCCGGUGUAUGAUGGGUGGGGGGAUAUAGUGGGAUGGAGGGAUGCUGAUGAUGAGGGGAGCAGUGCACCCAGGCCUGCUGCUGCUGCUCCUGCUGCCACCGCCGCUGCUGCUGCUGCUGCUGCUGCUGCUGCUGCCGCUGCUGCUGUUGCUGCUCCUGCUGCUGCUGCUGCUGCUGCUGCCGCUGCUGCUGUUGCUGCUCCUGCUGCUGCUCCUGCUGCUGCUGCUGCUGCUGCUGCUGCUGCUGCUGCUGCUGCUGCUGCUGCUGCUGCUGCUGCUGCUGCUGCUGCUGCUGCUGCUGCUGCUGCUGCUGCUGCUGCUGCUGCUGCUGCUGCUGCUGCUCCUGUUUCUGCUGGUGCUUCUGGCCAGGGGGGAAGUGAGGGUUAUAGAGGGAGUGACGGUUGGCGAGAGAGUGAGGAAGGGAGCACUGGCAGUGGUGGUGGGUGGAGCGAGGGGUGUGAAGUAUGGGGACGGGUUUCGUUUGAUUCAGAAGCCCGUUCAUCACCACAGCAAUACCUUGCAGCAGCAGCAUCACCACCCUUCCCUGCUACGCCACCACCCUACCUCCUGCCAUCGGGGCCACCCCACCUUCCCCAGCCGAACCUGUCUGGUUUUGGGACCUCCCAGGGCCUGUCACAGCAGCAGCUGCCCCAGCAGCAGGUGUCUGUGUGUGCGGUGAAGCCUUCGCGCAAGGCACAGCGCACAGAGGAGUGGGUGAGAGAGGCCGCCGCUGCUGCUGCUGCAGGUGCUGAUGGUGCCGAGGAUUCGGACGAUUGCAGUGCUGCUGCGGAAACGCACGAUGCCACUGCUGUGGUUGCAGCAGCUGCUCCGGCUGUUGGUGGUGUUGGUGCUGUUGGUGGUGUUGGUGGUGUUGGUGGUGUUGGUGCUGUUGGUCGUGUUGGUGAACGAGCAGCGAAAGCAGCUCGAGAGGCCUCCGAAGCUGGAGGUCCUGCUGCUGCAGCGGCUGCUGCGCCUGCGACAGCGGCAGGUGGGAGCUUGGCGGAAAGGGAUGGGGGGGCAGAGGGGAUUGCAGCUGCUCCAGCAGCAGCAGAUUCCCGGGCGGCGGCAGAUUCCCGGGCGGCGGCAGAUUCCCGGGCGGCAGCAGAUUCUCGGUUGGCAGAUGGCAGGGAUGGUGGUGGGUCUGAAGGAGCAGGGAUCGAGUUUGAAAAAGCAGAGGGAACGACAGUCGGAGGCAACAAGGGAGGGUUUGGUAGCACAGAGGAAGAAGAGGAGGGGGGAGGAGAGGAACGAUGGGAGAAGGGAGAGGAGGAGGGAGGGGAGGGGAGAGAGGAAGGAGGGGAGGAUAGGGAGGAGGAGGCAGGGGAAGAACAACGAGUGAAAGAAAUAGAGGAGGCAGGAGGCAGUGGCGCAUACCUUGACCUGCCAUCCAACACGUGUUCUUUCUCGGAUGGCGGCGAGGGCUUUGACUCGGAUGUGGACAGUGAGGAGGAGAUGGAGUCGCUGUUCCUCGACAGCACUCUGGCAGACGACUGGCCGCUGUAUGGCGUGGGCAUGGAGGGAAUGGCGGGCCGUGCAGGGACGUCCACUCAGCUACCAGAGCCCGUUCGACGCUUCCUCCUCGACUUUGACAGCCUCCUGCCUUCCGAGUGGCGCAGCAGCAACAGCAGCAACUACCCCCCCUCUCUCCCAUCCCCCUUCCCCUCCCCCUCCUCUCCCUCCAGCUACCAGAGCCCGUUCGACGCUUCCUCCACGACUUUGACAACCUCCUGCCUUCCGAGUGGCGCAGCAGCAACAGCAGCAUCUACCCCCCCUCUCUCCCAUCCCCCUUCCCCUCCCCCUCCUCUCCCUCCAGCUACCAGAGCCCCUACCCGAGCCCGUUCGCCGCUUCCUCCAGGACUUCGACAGCCUCUCACCGUCCGAAUGGCGCAGCAGCAACCGCAACGGCGAAAAUGCUGGCGAAACUCUCUUCCCUCUCGCCUCCCCCAUUCCCCCUCUUCCUCCCAGCUACUCGAGCCCGUUCGCCGCUUCCUCCAAGACUUCGACAGCCUCUCACCCUCCGAGUGGCGAAACAACAACAACAGCAGCAACUACCGGCGAAAGGGCUGGCAACACCAGCAGCAGAGGCAGAGGCAGUUUAAGUGCCCGGUGUGUGCGGGCGGGAAGGGCGAGACGGAGUGGUGGGACGGCGUGAGGGCGCUGCUGCAGCACUCGCUGAGCAUCAAUCUAUUCCACCCGUCCAUGCUCCCCCUUCCCUUCCCCUUCCUUCCUUCUCCCAUCCCCCUCCAGCUACCCGAGCCUGUUCGCCGCUUCCUUCAGGAUUUCGACAGCCUCUCCCCAUCCGAAUGGCGCGGCAACAGCAGCAACUACCGGCGCAAAGGCUGGCAGCACCAGCACCAGCAGCAGCAGAGGCAGAGGCAGUUCAAGUGCCCGGUGUGUGCGGGCGGGAAGGGCGAGACGGAGUGGUGGGACGGCGUGCGGGCGCUGCUGCAGCACUCGCUGAGCAUCAGGAGUAGGAGGAUGAAGGAGCACCGCACCUUUGCUGCCGCUCUCGGGGAGAGGAUGAAGGACAAGGGCGCGGGGUUGGUGAUGCUUGGUGGGGGAGGUGGUGGGGAAGGGGGGAAUGGAAGGGGAGGUGGUGGGAGAGAGGGGGGAAGGGGAGGAGGGGGAAGGGGAGAGGGGAGUGGAGGGGAGGGGUGGAGUGGGGAGGGAGGAGGGAUGCGCAGACAGAGCGUGGUGUGGCCGCCCGUGGUGGUGGUGCCAAACACACAUCUGUGCCCGGACAAGGAUGGCAUGGUGAGAUGCGGACAGAAUGGGAAUGCGGUGGAUUGUGGUGGGAUGCGGUGGGAUGGGGUGAGUCAGAGCGUGGUGUGGGCGCCAGUAGUGGUGUCGCACCUUUUGAGAAUUCUCAAAAAAAACCAACACGUCCCUGAGUUCACCUGCUCCUCGCCUCUCCCCUUUUUCUCCCUGUUUUCUCCUCUCUCUCUCUCCACCUCCUCUCCUGCUUCUCUCCCCUUCCGCUCCCCUCCCUUCCUCCCAUACUCUCCUCUCCCCUCUCCUCGCCUCUCCCCUUUCACUCUCCCUCCCCCUCCCCCUCCCCCUCCUCGUCCCCCAUGGAUGGGCAUGGGCAGCUUGGAGCUCCGUCAGCAGUUCCCAGACUGCAACCUUAUCACCAAGGCCAAGAACGCUUAUGGGCCACAGGGCCACCGGGGAGUAAGCGUGUUGGUGUUUGAAGCAUCAGUGGACGGGUUGUUGCAAGCGGAGCAGCUGUGCGAGCUCUUUCAGGCGGACGGCAGGGGGCGGCAGGGCUGGAUUCGUCGGACGGCGGCCUCGCUAGUGGACAAAAGCGGCAAGCGGAACCUGUUUGCAUACAUGGCCCAGGAGGGUGACGUGGCAGAGUUUAAUAGGCACACCAAAGGGAAGACGCAGCUGAGAGUGGAGGUGAAGAAGCGGUAUGCGGUGGUUGAUGAGCGGUUGAGAGCGGUGCGAGAACGGGCUUCUCAGGCACCCAAUCUGGAGGCCACUGUUGCCAUGAUGUCUCAUCGAAUCGUGGCGGGACAAGUGGCAGCGUCUCAGCUCCAGGCGGAGCUAGAGCAGGCCAAGGAAGCCAACAGGAAGCUUCUGACGAUGCUGGAGGGUGCCUGGCCUAUUUACCCUCCGCAGCAGUGGGCAUCUGCUGAAGCAGCCCCAGACCAGCAGCUGCCUUGUAAAGCCCAAGUAGCAGUGCAGGAUGGGUGGGGGGACCAAGUAGCUGUGGCGGAUGAAGAGUGUGCAGCUGCUGCAGCUGUAGCAGUGCUGGAUGGGUGGGGAGACCAGGCAGCUGUAGCGGAUGCAGAUUGCAUCAAGGGAGAGCAACACACAGAGGUUCAGCAGCAGCGUGUGAGGGAGCAGAAGCAUGCGGAAGAGCAGCAGCCUGGGAAGGUGACAGAGGAGACUAAGAGCCGGCUACAGAUAGAGGAGAGAGCAACUGCAAGGGAUGAGGAGGCUUUUGAGGCGCGUCUGGUGGAGGUGGCAUCUGGGUUGGGCGCGAGUGAGCAAGCUUCUGAGUCAAUUGGGAAGGAGCGGGGCGCGAGGGCGUGUCUGGUGGAGGUGGCAUCUGGGGUGGGCGCAAGUGAGCAGGAGGUGCUGUCGCUGUGGCAGGGAGCAGUGGAGGCGGAGCAGAAGCAUUGGAAUGAGGCGGAGGCGCAAGCCAAGGAGAUUAUUCCCCCCACCCCCCCCUCCUCUUCUCUUACCCCCUGUUUCCCGUCCCUUCGCUCUCCCGACCAGCUGGACGGCCUGGAGGCGGCAUUUGACGUGCAGCAGCAGCAGGUGGAGGCGCGGCUGCAGAGGCUGCAGCAGGAGCGCCAGAGCGCCAAGGCAAAGGCCUUCAGACACCACAGGGAGGAGGUACUCGCUCUCGACCGAGCCUUCGAGGCUCGGUGGGCCCAGCUGCUGGCUCGGCAGGAGGCUCAGGUUGGGAUGCCGGAGGGUGAGACUGGGCGUGGCGAGGGGUGGCUUGAUGAGGGCGAAGGUGGGGGAGAAGGGGAGGAGACGGUGUGCGUUAGAGAGUUAAGGUAA